UUCACUCCAGAAAUAAGCAUGUGCAUCCAUUUAAAUUCAGUAAGAUGCUCAACGAAACUGAAUAUUCAAGUCAGUUUAAAGGUAUGCAGCCACCUAAAGGAUUGCGGUUCCGUAAAGAUUUUGAAGGAAAAGAAGCUUUAGCGUUUCACCAAGAAAAUGUUUCUCCUGUAAAGUCAACAGAAUCAGCUUUAAAAGACCAGGGACAGGAGACUCAGGAACAACAUCCUCAAGAUAAACAGCUUCCAAAGCAACAGAAACCCGUUUGCUCACGCAAAGGGCUUAGGAAGAUUAAGUCUGAAUACAAGACUAAGUUUAGGCCUCCUUGUCAAUAUGACUACAGUAGAGGAGCAUACCGAUCUGAAGGGGGUACUGAAAAUAACCUAAAUUCUUAUUGGUAUGCUGAGGUAAAAGAACUUAGAGAAAAAGCAGAAGCAUAUAAAAGGAGAGCACUGGGCACUCACUUCUCCAGAGAUCAUCUCACCCAAAUUUUGUCAGAACAAAAUAGGUUAUGGGAGGUGUCCACCACAUCUGAUACUGAAGAAACAGUCAGUGAUAAUAUUGAAGCUCUGGACCUUGCAAGAGCAACAGAAAUACCAAAUAUUUCCAGCGCAACAAAACAAGAACUGCAGUCUGAUUCUGUAGCACAAAUGUCACCACUGAAGGCCACAGCAAAAUACAAUGGCACAGGAGACAACAAUAUGUCAGAUAUUCCUACCCUUCCAGUCAGCAGGAAAUUGGCAUGGAAUGACGAGGAAGAGAAGCCAUGUGUACCAGAACUACCAGAAGGCAACCAAAGCCAAAGUUAUGAAACUGAGAAGGAAGUUGAAGUUGAGAGAAAUGCGGAAGUAAAAACAGUUGUUGAAAGUGGUCCUGUCCCUGUAAAUAUACAGGGUGUGACAACAGUAAAUUCAGAGUCAAAUGAACAUUCCGAGCUUGAUUCUGAUACAGGUGGGCGAGUACCUACACCAAAGCUCAAGUCAACUAGUGGAACUCGGAGAACACAUCAUGAUCUGACCACACCAACUGUUGGGGGUGCUGUCUUAGUUUCUCCUUGUAAAGUCAGAUCGCCACCAUCCCAUUGUAAAAGGACUGGGCCUCCGUUGGGAAAAUCAUAUUCACGCUAUAAAUACGUAUCAAAAUCACCAAGCAAAAUACUAGAAAAGACUGAAUCACUCCAGCAGUCCCCUACAGCAGGUAUUAAGACUUCAGAUCCCAUUCCUUUGAGGGAAGAAUACAGAUCUGCAAAUCUCAAUAGCCCAUCUCACGCAAAAUCUGAACCUUCUAUUUUGACGUCAUUGAAAUGUCAUCCUGCUAUUAAUGCAAAAUCUGCUUCAGUCACUCUUUUACCAUCUCCGAGCUGCCCUCAUCGGAUACAAGGAACUCUUAGACAUCCGGAGUUCCAACAUAAUGGGAAUACUGGAGGACUAAGGACAAGUCUGCUGAGGAUACCGCCAACAGACUCCGUUGCAGCUGAAAAUGAAGAUGAUCGAAUGUCACAGAUAUCUGCACGAUCGGCAGCAUCCAGCUCACUUGCCUCUCAAGUCCUUGAGCGUGCUCAGAAAAGAAGAGAUAAUUUCUGGGGCAUAAACCCAUGAACUAAACUGUUAUGUUUUUUUUUCAUAGAAGGACCUGUUAGGUUUUGUUAAGGAUUUGAUAUCUUUUUUAAAAAAUCCUGAGCAAUCAAUCCACUUCAACUUUGAAAAUGAAUGUCUCUUUGAUAUAAAAUAAAUGUUUACUUUUCCCAUUUGUUGUUAUUUAAAAUGUAUUAGCUUUUAUAUUGGCCCGUACUUUUGUGCUGUGAUCUAAGAUUCAAGUCGAUUACCAAUAUUUACAUUGAUAUUUAAAAUAUAAGCUAAUUUCUAUGGAGAAUAUUAAUGUUUGUAAAUCUUGUCUGCAGCAAUUUUAAUGAAUUAUUUUUUAAAAAAAAUAAAAAUCAUAUAUAGGAUCUGGA